GAAUAAUCGUCUAACACAGAACAGAGUACAUUACCACCGUAGCCAAAUUUAGUUAAAAAAUAUUUUUUAAGUAAACAAGUUUGUUGUGUGGAGAGCCAUAUAAAGAUGAAAUAUUUCAUUUUUCUAUUAUUCGUCGCAGUAUUCAGUGAAAUUCAAAUUCGGCCAGUGCUUGCAGCUGGACAGCAAUUGUUCAACAGUUUCGACAACCGACCAGCAAAUAAAGGCAAUUCGCUUUUCAGUGAUAGAGAUGAUGGUGUAAUAAUUAUAGCUGCGCUUAGGCGACCUGGUGGUACUUUUCGCGGAAAGUAUAAAAAAAUAAUUGAAACGACUACCCGGAAAGUCGUAAAAGUAUCCACAACCGAAGCGUCCACAUCAACAACCGAAGCGUCGACAUCAACAACUGAAGCAACUGAACCAACAACAGAGAAAGUGAUUCAGGUUACACACGAGGAAGUGUUGACUACACUAGCACCUGUAAAAAUAACAAAGGAUAUACGGAGGAAUCAACUAGCUACACAAGAUCGUCAGAAUUCAUUAUGGUCAGCUCGCAAGCGAGUAACAAGGCCUACAACAGCAUACGUGCAAAAGAAAAAAGCUCUCAAAGUGACUAUUGUGGAUGAUGAAGAAGAUUACUCCGUUCGUCGGGCCAGAUAUCUGUUCACACAGAGAGCUGGAAGAAAGUAAUAAUUAGUUUGCCAUUUUUUGUUGAGUUUCGUUUUAUGAUUUUGUGGGUUAAUUUCUCGCAUGAAAGUAGACAGUUUUGUGAUUUUAGUUUAUUAGUCAUUUGGUGUGCGGUUAUUCAAAUGUGCUUGGUAUUAUCGUUUCUUUUAUGGUGCGUCUCCUCAACAGAUAUUUAAUAAAUGAUGGCUUUAUAAGUCAAAAUGAAUAAUAGGAUUCUACGUUGACCUUCAGCAAAACAUGAUAUUUUUCUAAUUACUUACAUUACCAUCUUACUUAAGACUUUUGUGAAUUAAACUGAUGUUUUCUGUGUAAUAAGUGAGAUAAAUUAUAUCAUUUGAUAAGAACUGAA